UGUGACCUACAUCCCAUAAUGAGGAAGGUGGAGUCUUCAUGUAGGCCAGAAGAAACGGCCCUGUUCAGACAGACACAGUUCAAACGGCACAACGUCCUGACGUCACGACCCUUCCCGUCCCGUGGAGCCUGCACCGUAUGACGUCAUCGUGGGCGGCGCGUGAUGGCGGAUGUCAACGAGAUCGACACGAUGAAACACUUUCAUGGAGGUUUCGAGAAAAUCGACAAAGAAAUGAGUCGCUACCCCUACUGUAUCGUGUGGACACCGAUCCCGGUACUGACGUGGUUUUUGCCCUUCAUUGGACACAUGGGCAUCUGCACCUCUACGGGGGUCAUCAGAGACUUCGCAGGGCCAUACUUUGUAUCAGAGGACAACAUGGCCUUUGGAAAACCAACAAAAUACUGGAGGCUGGAUAAGAAGCGUGUGUACAGUGGAGGGGUUAACGGCUGGGAUGUAGCUGUGCAUGAGGCGUCUGAAGAAUACAAAUCCAGAAUGCACAAUCUGUGUUGUGAUAACUGUCACUCUCAUGUAGCCAUGGCUCUGAAUCUCAUGUGCUAUGACAACAGCUCUUCGUGGAAUAUGGUCAAACUCUGUUUACUGUCCUUCAUUUACAGUAAACAUGUCAGUUUUGUGGGGUUCCUGAAGACCUGGCUGCCGUUCCUGAUGAUCUGUGGGGUCAUGGUGACCAUCUCUCUCGCCGUUCACCUGCGAUGACUCGCAUGACAGCUGACACGAGCAUCAGACAUGAACUGAAACAUUGAGCUGCAGUCGUACGGCCGUCUGACAAUCACAGAGAACCAAUCUGAACUCUGUUCUGUCACACAGACUGUGCCUCUGACCACGCUGAGAACACAUGCAGACUGUCAGUACCAAGAGAAAUUACUGGAUUCACGUUACAGGGUUUUUUUUAUCUAUGCUUAGACAAACCUCUUCAUCACAUGAGUUCUUUUUUCUAUAGUGAUCAGAGACAGAUCGAUUUACAUUUAAAACAUUCAUUUAUUUUUUAAUGUUCAUUUAUAAUAUAUGAUUAAAGUCCUGUGAACCGGGAAUUGCGAUCGUUUUUACUUCCGUAUUUUGACGCAUUUCCGAGCGAAAUUGAAUUUUAAAUGAGGAAAAGUAGUGGGCGUGGCUUUCGUAUUCUCUGUGAUUUGAUUGGGUGUAAAAAACAGCUGUUGCAUUUUGAAAUGGAACUGAUGGAUGAAAGGGGAGGAGUUAACAGAUGAUCCACCCAAGCCGUUUACGUCAUCCAAAAUGGACAGUCAUUACAGGGCGGAAGUGCAUUUUCAGAUUUUAAUUUAAGAUUAUGAGGGCAAAAAAAGAAAAGGAGCCACAUUGAUAAACUGUUUACAAUAAACGCUGCAAUA